AUGUCGGCGUCGUGCUCUGAAAUGGACUGUGAUGAUAUCUCGGGUACUAAUGAAUAUGACUUUACGAGUUCCGAUGAAUCCGAAAGCAGCUCAGAAUACAGCGAAGAUAGUGUUGAAAGUGAGGAUGACGUACUGGAGGAAGAGAUUGAAGUUGAAAGUGAACACGAGGAUUUUAGUUUUGAUAUGCCUUGGACCGAAAAUGGAAUUCCCCGACCACCUUUUCCAUUUACAGCGACCAGUGGCGUACAGGUAGAUGAUAUUCCUGAUGUGCUGGACGUUUUUGAGUCUUUUUUCGAUGAUGCACUAAUAGAACUGAUUGUAGAAGAGACAAAUAGGUUUGCUCUUCAAUUCAUUAUAAACAAUCACGGAAAAUUAAAAGAACAGUCCCGGCGAGAUAAGAAAGACGUCCUAAUGCUCAGCACAAUACAUGACGGAAGCAUGGGAACUAUUCAAAAAAGGACCGGCGAUGUUGAAAAACCUCUAUGUAUUCUGGAGUACAACAGUGUCAGGUAUGUCAUGAAAAAAAAAUUCGGAAAGAAAGCAGAUAUUGGUGUAAAGAAUGUCACACUGGCUUGUGCCCUGCCCCAUGUUUCGGCAUAUAUCACACCAAAGAAUAAUGAUAUAGAAUGUAAGCAUAUCAAAUGUCAUCGAAGAAUGAUUUCCCUUCAGUUACCAUGAAAGAUACUUUUGUUAGGUUUUUUUAUAAAUUCUAUGUGCAUGUAUUUUUAAACGUAAAUAUACGCUUUCUUAAAAUAGUUUGUAUUAUCAAUGGCCACAACGUAUAUAUACGCAUCCUUGAUCAUGUAAUGGAUAUGACGGAUAUGUUCGCAUGUGGUAAAGAAGCUGGCCAUCUGGGAUGCGACUCUGAGAUUUUAUUCUGGUCACUUAAGAGGUUAAGGUGUUUCACUAUGUGAGUAAAAACCCAAGAUGACAAGUUUAUUACA